AUGCUCGAUUCUAGGCAUACAAGUUUUGAGGAGAGCGGUGAACAAAUGCCUCGAGCUGCAGACGGUCACGCGAAGAGACUGUCUGACGGACGGACAGGCGGACGAACAGAUGAACAGGCAGACGGUCACGCGAACAGACUGUCUAACGGACGGACAGGCGGACGAACGGAUGAACAGGCAGACGGUCACGCGAGCAGACUGUCUGACGGACGGACAGGUGGACGAACGGAUGAACAGGCAGACGGUCACGCAAACAGACUGUCAGACGGACGGACAAGCGAACGAACGGAUGAACAGGCAGACGGUCACGCGAACAGACUGCCUGACGGACGGACAGGCGGACGAACGGAUGAACAGGCAGACGGUCACGCGAACAGACUGCCUGACGGACGGAUAGGCGGACGAACGGAUGAACAGGCAGACGGUCACGCGAACAGACUGUCUGACAGACGGAGAGGCGGACGAACGGAUGAACAGGCAGACGGUCACGCGAACAGACUGUCUGACGGACGGACAGGCGGACGAACGGAGGAACAGGCAGACGGUCACGUGAACAGACUGUCUGACGGACGGACAGGCGGACGAACGGAUGAACAGGCAGACGGUCACGCGAACAGACUGCCUGACAGACGGAUAGGCGGACGAACGGAUGAACAGGCAGUUGGUCACGCGAACAGACUGUCUGACGGACGGAGAGGCGGACGAACGGAUGAACAGGCAGACGGUCACGCGAGCAGGCUGUCUGACGGACGGACAGGUGGACGAACGGAUGAACAGGCAGACGGUCACGCGAGCAGACUGUCUGACGGACGGACAAGCGAACGAACGGAUGAACAGGCAGACGGUCACGCGAACAGACUGUCUGACGGACGGACAGGCGGACGAACGGAUGAACAGGCAGACGGUCACGCGAACAGACUGCCUGACGGACGGAUAGGCGGACGAACGGAUGAACAGGCAGACGGUCACGCGAACAGACUGUCUGACGGACGGACAGGCGGACGAACGGAUGAACAGGCAGACGGUCACGCGAACAGACUGUCUGACGGACGGACAGGCGGACGAACGUAUAAACAGGCAGACGGUCACGCGAACAGACUGUCUGACGGACGGACAGGCGGACGAACGGAUGAACAGGCAGACGGUCACGCGAACAGACUGUCUGACGGACGGACAGGCGGACGAACGGAUGAACAGGCAGACGGUCACGCGAACAGACUGCCUGACGGACGGAUAGGCGGACGAACGGAUGAACAGGCAGACGGUCACGCGAACAGACUGCGACGAACGGAUGAACAGGCAGACGGUCACGCGAACAGACUGUCUGACGGACGGACAGGCGGACGAACGGAUGAACAGGCAGACGGUCACGCGAACAGACUGCCUGACGAACGGAUAGGCGGACGAACGGAUGAACAGGCAGACGGUCACGCGAACAGACUGUCUGACGAACGGACAGGCGGACGAACGGAUGAACAGGCAGACGGUCACGCGAACAGACUGCCUGACGGACGGAUAGGCGGACGAACGGAUGAACAGGCAGACGGUCACGCGAACAGACUGUCUGACGGACAGACAGGCGGACGAACGGAUGAACAGGCAGACGGUCACGCGAACAGACUGUCUGACGGACGGACAGGCGGACGAACGGAUGAACAGGCAGACGGUCACGCGAACAGACUGCCUGACGGACGGACAGGCGGACGAACGGAUGAACAGGCAGACGGUCACGCGAACAGACUGUCUGACGGACGGACAGGCGGACGAACGGAUGAACAGGCAGACGGUCACGCGAACAGACUGUCUGACGGACGGACAGGCGGACGAACGGAUGAACAGGCAGACGGUCACGCGAACAGACUGCCUGACGGACGGAUAGGCGGACGAACGGAUGAACAGGCAGACGGUCACGCGAACAGACUGUCUGACGGACGGACAGGCGGACGAACGGAUGAACAGGCAGACGGUCACGCGAACAGACUGUCUGACGGACGGAUAGGCGGACGAACGGAUGACCAGGCAGACGGUCACGCGAGCAGACUGUCUGACGGACGGACAGGCCAACGAACGGAUGAACAGGCAGACGGUCACGCGAACAGACUGUCUGACGGACGGACAGGCGGACGAACGGAUGAACAGGCAGACGGUCACGCGAACAGACUGCCUGACGGACGGACAGGCGGACGAACGGAUGAACAGGCAGACAGACAGACAGACAAAUAG